UUCCAGAUUACCUGGUUCAGUGCGUGGACUCCCCCUAUGAGACUCGUGAAUCUACUGUUAACCGUAACAUGGAGAUGACAUAUGAGAAGUACAGAUCAGAAAAAGACCUGUUUUGGUCUGAUAUACCUCACGAAAAGGCCACAAUGGUGACCAAGAAGAAGAAAACUAAACGCAAGAACAUGCACUUGCGGACACCUAAACUGUGGGGCAGUUUAAUGCAAACACCACGACAUGCAUUCAGGAAGAAGAAAAAAGUCACAAGUCACCAUGUCCCAAAGAAAAUCUGUUCAGAAGAAGACACAUCAUUCCUCGGUCAUGUUAGGGAUGUGGUAUAUAGACCAACUGAUGAUGACACAUUCCCUUUGUAUGUGAAAUCAAGAAACACAUACAAAAUAUGUCUGAAAGGAAAACUGAAUAUGGUUCAGCUCAAAGAGGCUAUUGAAUACAAAGACAGCAUUCCUGCAGAUCUACAGAUGCUGACUCAUCAUGGCAAACUGAUACGGCCAUCCACACUGAAGAACGUGCAGCCAAAUGACACAAUCCAUGUCAUUGUAAGGAACAAAGGAGGAACGAAAGGCGCUGAAAAGAAACCAUUACUUAAGAAAAAAGGACCAGGCUUGCCCAAUACUGCAACAGAGGAAGAGGUCCAGGAGUGGCUAUUACGCAGCGUGAAAGUACCUAAACAGUUGAUUAAGGAUGAAGUGAAAUACGUAAAUGGGGACAUGCUCAAUGAAUACACAGAUUCCAAUGAAAUGAGAGAAGAACUUGGACUUCCCAUGGGACUUUGUAGGAAAAUUCUAUAUUUGAACACCAAAGAAUUUGAUGAUAAAACAUUUGGAUUGAGUAGGGAACAACUGGAAUCCUUUACACCAAAUCACAUAUGUGAUUUUGCAAGAGAUUCUUUUGCGGAAGACAAAAACCUCGGUAAGAUUAUUGAGGCUAUUAAAACUGAACAUAUUGAUGGUUUUGUAAUAAUGUUAUAUGAGAAUCAUGAAAUGCUUGCUAAGGACUUGAAUAUUAAAAAGGUUUUAGGUAGGAAAUUAUUACUGUAUGUAAAGAAGAGGAUGAAGGAUAGCUCAAUGACUACCACAACAACAAUGCACUUAAAUGAAGCAAGUGACACACGACAUAUUCCAUCCCUUGGUUUGAAUCAGAGGAAGAUUCCAUCAGCAGCUGAUACAACAAGAGAACCUUUCGCAGAACUACCUAGUCAUACCCCUAAUGCUUCUUCAAGUACUUCCUCACCAACUGUGGAAAGUCCUUCCAUUACCUUCAUACAGGAACACUUAGGAUUAGAUAUUAAAGAAUACGUUGGUGAAGAUAAUCCGAAUGAGUACCAACUACUUGCAAUUCACAGUUCCUGGGAACCAAGUCAUGAACUGGCUCAAAUGUUUUUAUUCUGGAUUUUAUGCAAAGGAAACGACUUUGAGGACACGUCUAAGAGAAGGAAACUUUGGAAAAGGGAAAGGUGA